UAUCGAACGAAGUUAAAUACAGGAACCCGGGCAACGUCUGCACAGGGUCAAAAUGAAUACUGUAAAAUAAUAUGUGCGAGGCACAGAAAGUACAUUGCGUUCCUUGUAGUUAGAAUGUAUAUUUGCGGUUGAUGUUAAAGGAUGUCUAACAAUACAAAUCCUUCGACGACUGGACACAAGAGUCAGGAUGUGUCCGAUAUGAACAUCUUGUGGAAUAAAAUAAGAAAAGAGGUAAAUACAAGCGAACCCAAAGUAAAAAAAGAUGGAAAACAAAAGAAAAAGAAACUUGUUAAUAUGUAUUCAACUCCAACCAUGGUGUUUUCUGUGAUUGGGAAUUCUGACAGUUUCGUACCCAGACCAUGGCCAACAACACUUUUCCAAACGGCGCUGAUUGAAGCAGCAAAGAGUGGUGGAGAAACCUGGAUACUAUUCCGCAAAAACGACGAAGGACUUUCAAACGUCAUAAGGAAUGCCUAUCAACACUACGAGGCUAUGGAAUUUGGGAAAAAACAAAAGGAUAUCGGUGAUCCCGACAGGCACAUUAAACUCAUCAAUAUCGCUGGAAAAGAGGGAAAUCAAUCAAAUACCUUGACAGAAGUGGAAUGUAAAACGAUGAAGACUCUAAUCGAGAAAAAAGACGUAAACAUCGAUGAGACAAUUAUCGAGGAUAAAGAUCCAGAGAUAUAUAAAAUCAAUAUCGGCGAUGAUGAAAUUCAAAUGCUGAAAUUUGAAGAAUUUAUUUCCAAACAAGAAGUAGAUUUCUUCAGUCCAAAAAUGAAUAUAAAAAUGCCGGUUCCACUUGCUAUAAUUGUAUGUGAAGGAGAUUUGCAAACCAUCGAUCACAUUUCACAAGCAUUGCAAAAGAAUAUCCCUGUUAUCAUCAUGAAAGGAUCAGGAAAGGCUGCAGAUUUAGUUCUAGAUUUCAUACGAAGUGGAGAGGAAAUUCGGAAGAAAGCGAGCAUCUUAUUUGGCAUUCAGUUUGAUAAAAAAAGAUAUGAAGAUUUGGUAAACUUGCUGGACACAAUUAAAAAAUAUAAGGAUUUAGUAGGGGAAUUUGACCUUGACCAUGAUGAUCCACUAAUGCUAUCAAACAUUGUUGGAGAAACUGUAGUCAGUUGCUGGUCAACAGAGAGCAUUUAUGCCAAUGACGCAAUAAAACACGAUUCAAAAAAGCAACAGGAAUCAAUCCAAAAUACAUCAACAAAUUCAAAUGGUUUGAAUCUUCAAGAAAAUGGACAUGCACUCAAGGGUUUUUCUCUUACCUGGAAACUUCUUCAAAAGAACUCUAUUUGUCCAGACGAGGCGAUUCUAAAUCAAAGUCUGCAGGAGUUGAAAAGGGAAUCUAGACCAUACGUGUUGAAUCCAAAGUAUUCCACGCCUACAUCACUCCCAUUAUAUUUCUAUUUCGUAUACCAGCUUUUACAAGAAUCAAAGCGUUUAGAAGAAUGCGGGCCUAUUCUUCUUCUGGAAGCUUUAAAAGCGAACCGAUGUGACUACGUAAGGGUUUUGUUGGCUAAAGGGGUGUCAUUCAGGAAAGUUGAUCUACCUGAGCUUUAUGGGCAGACUGUUUCCUGUCAGGAUUGUAAAGAAAAAGACGAUUGUUUGCAUAUGGAGUGGAUUUUAAAUCAAAUACAAAAAGAGCAGACGAAAAACCUGUUUAAGAAAUAUAGAAAAAUGACGGAAAAAAAGGAUAAAACAGAGGAGAAGGGUGAACAGUGGAUAGAAAAUGUAGAUAAAAUGCAAAAACUAUCAAAGUCGGUAGCAGAGGCAGCAAAGGAGCUGUGUUGCAGAAUUUUAAAAUACGAAAAAAGCAAAGAAUCUACUGAAACAUCAACCAUUUCCGAUAUAUUACUGUGGGCAAUCUUCGCUAAUAGAAAGGAAUUAGCUGAAAUUUGCUGGCUUAGAUGUGGAAACCAUUUAUUGACUGGAUUGCUGUGUUCAGCUAUUCUCAAGAAACUUUCCAAGAAGGCCAGUAAUGUCAAGGAACAGCUUUUGUCGAAUGAUUUGGAACAACACUCAAAAAUGUUCGAACAACGUUGUAUCGCAUUGAUGGAUAGUAUGUACAACGAAAACACAAAACAUGCCAUCGAAAUGAUGGAUGACGAGGCGGUUGUUUGGGGAAUCCACUCCAGCCCGUUGACCUUUGCUUAUGAAAAUUUCAUGUAUGAUAUUGUAGCUCAUACAUGUUCACAAAAGAACAUGAAUAAGCAAUGGUACAACAAUUUGGCACCAGACUUGAAGCCUUUCUUCCUGUCUGCUUUUAAAGAGAAAAAGAAGUUCCUCACUGCACCCUUGACAAAAUACUUAUUCAAUUAUAUGAUGUUUUUUACAAUGCUUGUAAUGUACAGCGCCUUUGUACUCACGAGUAUCAGCACCAGAUACUAUGUACAGGACAUUGCUCGAGUGUUUGAAUAUUAUGUGUAUUUCUGGGGAGCUGGAGAUUUUAUUGAAGAACUGAUAAGCUGUUUUGGAUGCUUGGAAGCCCAGGGUCGCUCACACAGAAGCUAUUACUCCAGAAUGAAACGAUAUUUAUAUGAUUUCUGGAAUGUAGUGGAUUUGCUGUCAUACAUUUUGCUUAUUGCUGCAUUGUUUGUUCGACACUUUUACAUUGACGAGACAUUUACCAUUGCAAGACGCAUGUUUGCCUUGUCUCUGCUUGUCAUGUAUUUGAGAUUCCUGGAAGUGUUUCUGAUUCACCGAAAACUUGGGCCAACCCUUAUCAUGAUAAAAGAAAUGCUGAAAGACCUACUCGGAUUCCUGUCCAUUGCUGUAUUUUUGGUAUUGGGAGUUGGUAUAUAUUAUCAUGCCAACCUCUGGCCAGAUCAUCAAUCAAUAUGGAGCGGUGAUUGGACCAACUGGAGAAUCUGGACCAUUAUAUACUAUCCCUACUGGCAGCUUUAUGGGGAAUUGAAUCUUGAUUAUCUUGAUGGUAGUAAGCCAGAUUUCGAAGAGGACAAAUGUACCAAUAUAACAUCUGAAUGGGAGUCUGAUACUUCUAAAGAACGUUGUCCCCAAGAAGAUUGGACUGUUCAAGCCGUGGCUGCAUUCUACCUUCUAUUCUCAAAUCUCCUUUUGGUUAACCUUGUUAUCGCAAUGUUUAGCUACACAUUCGAAAGAGUACAGGAGAAUUCGGAAAAGCUGUGGAGAUUUGAAAGAUACACGGUGAUCAAUGACUACGACUGGAGAAUUCCGUCCCCCAUCAACCUGGUGUUCCUCCCCUACCGAUUCUUCUGUUGCCCAACGAGAGAGAACUGCUGUCUACAUAAGUGCCAAACACGUUGCAACGAGAAGAAAACAAAGAAGAAAAAGGAGAAAAAAUUAAAAGAUUUGGCGUUUCGGAGGAAUUUGCAAAAGAUAAUAGCUCUAAGAAAUCACAACAGAAUUUAACACCAACCAAUUUUUCCGAGAUUUAAUCUUAAGUAGUGGAUAGGAUAUGUAAAACUAACAUGAAGAGGAAUAAGUGUACUCUUGAUAAAAGGGAAUGUAAAGAAAAAUCUCAGUAAACGUGUAAUGAUAAUUGGCAGAUAAUUUAAAAUUAUUUAAAUGUAAUCGUUGCAGUUACAGUUUAUGUCUCCGAAAACAUACAUGUGAAUAUUUUGAAGAUAAGAGCGUUAUGUAAUACAUACAUUAACAUGUUGAACUGACAUUAAAGGAAUUAUACAUCUAUCAUAUACUGGGAAUAUGUUGCUGCUGUACAAUAACUGAUGUAAUACUUUGUUGUAUUACUGUUGGUUUUUAGGGUUUUGUGUUUUGCUUUUAUUGGUUUUUCUUUGAUUUUGUUUUUGUGGGUUUUUUUCCUUUUUUCCCUUCAUUUUUUCUAUUUAUACAAUUAAUUUUUUUUAGCGUCUAUUUUUCCCUUUUUCAUUAGAUUGGUAACAACAAUCUUGUAACCACAAUUAUUCUCAGAAAAUCCAAAGUCUACUUACUAUAUAAAUAUAUUUUAUUGUAACAAAACUGGUUUUUUUUUAUAAUUUACCCACAUCCCUUAUCUUUUGAGCAUUUCAAAACCUUUUGAUGAACAAUAUAUAUAUUUUUUAACUUUGUGACGUUUGCAUCGAUCAAAUAUGACUGUUAAACCAAAAACUUAAGGUUAACACAAGUAAUAGCUUUCCAAAAAGCUUGCCUGACUAAACAAAAUUAUUCAAUAGAAGCAUGCAUGUAUCAAUUAGGUUAUCUUCUCAGAUAUGAAUUUUUAUUUUCGCUGCUGAUCAUAAAUUUAUAAACGGAACGUGCAAAUUAAGGACGAAAUGUCAGUCUUUUCCUCUAUCUAGAACAUGUAAAUAUAUAUCAAUUGAAAUUCAUUAAUUUUAUUAAUUCAUUUUUUUUAGAAAUGUACACAUAUCAUAUAAGUGCAUAUAAGCUUGAAAGCUGGAGAGUAAAUAGUCGUUUUUUUUUUUAAUUGUACAUGUAUUUGUUAUUUAAAUUAAGAUGCGAAAUCAACUGAAAGGCAUUUUUAAAAAUUUCAAACCAUAUGAAAUAUGAAAGGGUCUACAAACACGUUUUGAUUUAAAAUGUGUGUGGGCAGCUUAAUCAAAAUCAUCUUGAGAAGUAAUUAAAAAAGGGUGAAUUCUCAAAUUCAUGAACAAAAACCCUAAAUGUAACUUCAAUUCAAUUAGAGUUCCUUAUUUGCAGUUUCAUUUAUUGCAUGCUCCUAAAAAAUUGGAGGGGGGAUCCAUGAUAUUUCCAUUUAUCCUAUAAAGUUAAGAAAAGUGCCAGCUGCCAAAAAAGUGUGGAGGGGGAAGCAGCCUCCCUCACCCCAACUCCCGAUGCUACGUGCCUGUGAUGUAAUCACAUGGUGUGCUCUGGGGUAUUCGCAUGAUCCCAAUUAACGGACUCGUCAACUCGCGCGCAAAAUCUAUGAAUGAGACAUUAUGGCGCGGAAUCCUGUUAUUACCGAGAGCCACGGGGAGGGGGUCAGAUGAAUUGUUGACAUUUGUUUUGUAACAGCUAUAUACAUGUAUAUUAUACUUUGGUUCGGAUGUUUUGGAAGAAAUCUAUCGAAUUAAGAAACACAUUUGAUUAGUAAUUGUUAAAUGUAGUAAUGUACGUUUAGUAAGACUUGCGAGUUAUGAUCCCUUUUCAAGAUUAAUGAAAUCACCCAACUGAACGAAAAUCGGGUCAUACCCCGCUCUGGCGAUUUAGUUCCUCCAAUAAACAUUCCAGCUGUAUAAAUAUAUAUUUGUUUUAAUCCAAACUGAUGACUCUCCUGUAAUAAUGAUAAUCCAACACCAAUUAUUAUUUACAUUGUACCGUAAUAGACAAUAUGAUACAACUUGUUGCGAUGACCCCCUUCCCCUUUUUCACCGUUCAAAUAUGGUGGGAUGCUGAUCUAUUUUUAAAUCAGGAUUACACACGUGUACUGCAUAGUGAAAGUCCCUUUUACUUGAAAACUCCUGCUCGCUGUUGUUAUUACAUGCCAUAUAACAUUUUCAUCCAUUGUUAAUGUAAAUGCUGACAUCUUAAACAUGCAUCGAUUAAUUUAUUUUGUGAAAUAUCAUGAUAUUGCUUGUCCCAUUGUCUGCACUGUUUCGGAGAUUGCAACUUUUAAACCUUAGAUAUGCCUGACGUCAUGACGUCAGGCAAAUAAUGUUUGAUUUAUUUUAAGUUUACCGUUGAUAUGAUGCACAGGAGUUUAUCAGUUAUAUAAUGCAUUCAUAAUUAAUAAAUGUGUAUAAGCUUUAAACAUUUUAUGUAUGAUACAAUUUUAAAAUCAUUAUCACUGACAAAAAGCAGGCGGAUUGAGAAAGAGUUAAAGAGGGGUGGGGUAAUUUGAUGACCUCACUUUAAAAACAAUUUCUGUCAUUGCCUCAAUCUC